UGACGGUGUGUCACUGAGUUUUGUUUACAUGUAGUAUUAGUAGGUACUUGAGUAGGUUUCGGGUUUGUAUGCCAGGACGAAUGAAAAGACCACAACUCCAUGGCUUACUGGAGAACAUUGAAGUUGCUUUUGUGGAAGAAUUUUGUCCUGCGCAAGAGGCAGAAGAUUCGAUUGGUAGUAGAGCUGGUGUGGCCACUGGUUCUCUUUCUAAUACUCGUUUGGGUGAAACAGGCAAAGCAAGAUGAACUCAAGACAUUUUAUCAUAACUGUCACUUUGAAAGUAAGGCCAUGCCUUCGGCUGGAGUUGGUACGUGGGUGCAAUCCCAGAUCUGCACCUACAACAACACCUGCCAUGAGUACCCAGUGCAGAAAGAUCGAAAUCGAAACGACACGAUGGGAAUAUUGGCAGAGAGCCUCUUUGUCGAUUUGAGUGGCAUAGCCGAGGAUCGGGGCACCGAUAUUUUUCGUCUUCUAUUACUCAAUCAAGACGUGGAGAAAUUACGCACCCUUUCAGGAAAGAUAGACAAUGUGACUGCUAUUGUUCCAGCUGAGGGUAUCGUCGUAGAGAAAUUGAUGCUGGAGCCAUCAGCGUUAAGAGAUCUCGUUACCAGCGAGGGAAUUCCGCUAUCCUCAUCUACCGUAGAUGCUGUAAUGGCAAGCAGGUUGAAUCCACUCGCCUUUGCCAAGGAUCCGAACGACGCCAUCGCAGCAUUCAGCAGGGAUCCGCGAUCCACGCUGUGUAAUGCUACAGUGCUCGCUCACUACCUCGUGUUCCCGGACGAAGCGACCGGCCAGGCCGUCAGCGACGACUCGUGCACGCUGACCGAUGACCAACUCGUUGUCAUGGCAACCGAGUUCUUCGUACAGCUCAACACGACGGCCGUUAUAGAACAGAUGUCUGUCAUGGUAGCGCUGAAUUCUGGUGGAGAUACGCUGAAUGUUGCCGAAUGGGAGUAUAGUUUGACAACGCUGGUUUCCGUAUUUAAAGAGGUGAUAGAGCUGAACAGCUUUGCGGCGUUGAUGGACACCAUGACGGGCUCGUCGAACCCACUCACUGACGCGAGCCUCGACAAUAACACGAGUCAGCUAGUUGCUCACUGCUGUGUGGAAGCAACGAGACAAUCUUCACAGCUCUACAGGAUGAUACAGACUCUGCCUCCAAUCAGUUCAGUGGCUUCCACGACGACGACGCUUUCGUCUACCAGUAUGACAAUACACCUGUAAGUUAUAUCAUGAACGUGUUUAUACUAACAUUGUAUAACACUUAAUAUUAUAUAUUAGGGUCG